AGGUCCUGGGCCGCGUGGCGGGAGAGGGGAAAUUAAUUAAUAAUCCCUCCAUUUCAGUCGAGACAAAAAACCAAUCUGGUAUCGUCUCCUUUCCUCACUUCUCUCUCUCUCUCUCUCUCUCUCUUCAAACCAGAGCUCCACAGGAGAGAAAUUUCUUCUCCACCUUUUGACCACCGAAGAUGAGCUCCCAGAUUUGCAGAUCCGCUUCUCGAGUUGCCAGGUCUCUGCUUUCUGCUUCCAAGCAGACCUCUCAUCAAGCUCUUUCAGCUGUUGAAGGUCGAGCUGCGGCUGCAGCUGUGGCAGUUUUAAUCAGAGGAAAGGUGCCCUCUUUAGCUUCAUACGGAAGGACAGCUUCCGGAAAUGCUUCUGGAGGAUGGGUUUCUGGUGCCCUUGCACUUCCUGCAGCAGCCUACAUGCUUCAGGAGCAGGAGGCUCAUGCUGCAGAGAUGGAGCGCACUUUCAUUGCUAUUAAGCCUGAUCGAGUGCAACGAGGGCUGAUUUCAGAAAUCAUAUCACGAUUUGAGCGAAAAGGUUUUAAGCUUGUGGCGAUCAAAAUAGUGGUUCCUUCAAAGGACUUUGCCAAGAAGCAUUAUCAUGAUCUCAAGGAACGACCUUUCUUCAAUGGGCUGUGCGACUUCCUUAGCUCUGGCCCUGUCAUUGCAAUGGUAUGGGAAGGUGAAGGUGUGAUAAAAUAUGGGAGGAAGCUCAUUGGAGCCACGGACCCACAGAAAUCAGAACCCGGAACCAUCAGAGGUGACCUGGCUGUUGUUGUUGGUCGAAAUAUCAUCCAUGGAAGCGAUGGCCCUGAGACCGCCCAGGACGAAAUCGGCUUGUGGUUCAAACCAGAAGAAUUGGUUAGUUACACGAGCAAUGCAGAGAAGUGGGUCUAUGGAGUCAACUGAGGAAGUUUUUUGGUUCUUUUUCUUCUCAGUUUAGUUAGUUUCCCUCAGGAAGAGUGGGUAGAAACAUUAAUUAAUUAUCAUAAUAAGGUUAUUUCCCUAUUGGUGAUUGAUGAAACUGCGUCGCUGCAAAUAGCGAAACGGAUCACCGAAACAAUAAUAAUCCAUUUUUCUUCAUUUAUUUAUUUUCAGUUUAUGAAAUUCCCUGCUUAUGGGUUAAAUCCUCAA